CGGGGGGCGAGCUCGCUGCGGCCUGGCUGCGCCGGGGCCGCUUCCCUCGCCUCCGCCGCGCCUUGCACCGCUUCGUCCCCGCUUUGAAGCGUCGGGAGCUGCCUGCGCCUGUGAUCGCGCCUAACCGCUGCUGCCGCCUCUCCUGAAACUUCUCUGGCUUUAUCCUUCCCUGGGGGGGGCAGUCAGAGGUAGGUUCGGCCGAAUGGGCCUCGAACUGCAAAGCUAAAAAGUAAAUCUCCGAACCUCCUGCAGGUGAGGUACUUACCAGCAAGAGCUGAGGGAAGCCGGUGGAGGCGGAUCGUGCCUGGGUGCCGAUGAUUAGAAGCCGCUUCUUUGGGGGAAGCAAACUCUCAGGUUGUAAAAAUGUUCAGUGCAAGUCAGUCAUCGAAAGCCCAGUUCCUUGAUAAAGCACGCCAGGCUCGGGAGGAGCGGAGAGAGCUCAAAGAGAGAGAGCGAGCCGCCAUUCAGAUCCAAGCUUUGAUCAGGAGAUUUCUCUGUCGAUGCCGCCUGCAGAGGGAGAUAAGGAGAGAAGUUGAGGAUUUCUUUGAGGCAAAUGAAUCUGGCUCAAAUAAAAGAAGUGCUCUUUCUGUCUUCAGAAUUGCUAGGAAACUGCUGUUUGUAUUUAAUGUUAAAGAGGACAAAGAGAGAUUUGAAAAGCUGUGCCGUUGUAUUCUUAAUAGUAUGGAUGUUGAGAAUGAACCCAAGGUGUGGUAUGUGUCACUGGCACUCUCUAAGGAUCUCACACUCUUGUGGAUCAAGCAGAUCAAAGAUAUUUUGUGGUUUUGCUGUGAAUUUCUCAAGCAACUUAAGCCUGACAUCUUACAAGACUCCAAACUAGUCAAUCUGCACCUCACAAUGCUUGUCACCUUCACAGAUACUUCUACGUGGAAAAUCCUUCGGGGAAGAGGUGAAACCCUGAGGCCUGCCAUGAACCACAUCUGUGCAAAUAUCAUGGGACACCUCAAUCAGAAAGGAUUUUAUUCAGUGCUGCAGAUUUUGCUAACUAAUGGCUUGGCAAGAUCCAGACCAUCCUUGUCCAAAGGCUCUUUAACUGCCAUCUUCUCUCUUGCAUUGCGCCCUGUGGUUGCUGCACAGUUUUCAGACAAUCUGUUGAGAUCGUUUCUGAUACAUGUCAUGUCUGUGCCUGCUAUAAUGACUCAUCUUGCUACUCUAACACCUGAGCGUCUGGCAGUGAUAGAAUCUCACGAACUUUUCCGCAAGUUCAUCCUAUUUUUAAGUCGCGAGGCCCAGUGCCGAGAUGUCUGUGUAUGCUUGGAGGGGAGCCACACACUCUGCUUGUUGGGUAACCUUGUGUACUUGGGCUCCUUGAAUGAUAAAGUUCUUGAGGAGGAAACAACUCUUUUUGUUGGUGUGCUCAUUCACAUGCUCUCCUACUGCCAGAAGUAUGUUUCACAGAAGAAAUCCAACCUCACUCACUGGCAUCCUGUUCUGGGCUGGUUUUCCCAGACUGUGGAUUAUGGAUUGAACGAGUCCAUGCCUCUGCUGACCAAGCAACUGCAGCAUCUCUGGGGAGUCCAUAUGAUCCGCAUCCUCUUCAGUGAUGUGCUCAGCAAGAAGUUGCUGGAGAAUCAGGAAAUGGCUCAGCUGCCGGCACAGCCAAUUUCCCCUCAGAACAGCCUUCCCGUGAAGAGUCUUUUCAAGCGAGCCUUCCAGAAGUCUGCGUCUGUCCGCAACAUUCUCAAGCCUGUAGGGGGCAAGCGAGUGGACUCAGCAGAGGUGCAGAAAGUGUGCAGUAUCUGUGUCCUGUACCAAACCACGCUCACAACGCUAACACAGAUCCGCCUCCAGAUUCUUACAGGCCUCACUUACCUAGAUGACCUGUUGCCCAAACUAUGGGCUUUUAUCUGCGAACUGGGACCACAGGGUGGGUUAAAACUCUUCUUGGAGUGUUUGAAUAAUGACACGGAGGAAUCUAAGAGGCUGCUGGCCAUGUUGAUGCUCUUCUGUGACUGUUCCCGCCACCUUAUCACGAUUCUUGAUGACAUAGAAGUCUAUGAAGAGCAGAUUUCAUUCAAACUGGAAGAGCUUGUUACCAUCUCAUCUUUUUUGAAUUCCUUUGUGUUUAAGAUGAUCUGGGAUGGAAUCGUGGAGAAUGCCAGAGGGGAGACCUUGGAGCUCUUUCAUUCUGUCCACGGCUGGCUCAUGGUCUUGUACGAAAGGGACUGCCGCAGGCGUUUUGCUCCUGAUGACCACUGGUUACGGAAGGACCUCAAACCCAGCGUGCUCUUCCAGGAGCUGGACAAGGACAAGAAACGAGCCCAGCUGCUCCUGCAGUACAUCCCUCAUGUCAUUCCCCACAAGAACAGAGUGCUUCUUUUCCGAAACAUGGUUACAAAGGAGAAGGAGAAGCUUGGCCUUGUUGAAACCAGCUCUGCAUCGCCUCAUGUCACACACAUCACUAUUCGUCGCUCACGGAUGUUGGAGGAUGGAUAUGAACAGCUACGGCAGCUUUCCCAGAAUGCUAUGAAGGGGGUGAUCAGAGUGAAGUUUGUGAAUGAUCUGGGUGUUGAUGAGGCUGGUAUUGAUCAGGAUGGUGUCUUCAAAGAGUUUCUGGAGGAGAUAAUAAAGAAGGUGUUUGACCCUGCGCUCAACUUGUUCAAGACAACCAGCGGUGAUGAGAGGCUGUAUCCAUCCCCGACAUCCUACAUUCAUGAGAAUUACCUGCAGCUCUUUGAGUUUGUGGGGAAGAUGCUUGGGAAGGCCGUAUAUGAGGGAAUAGUUGUGGAUGUACCAUUUGCUUCCUUCUUCUUGAGUCAGCUCCUUGGGCACCACCACAGUGUCUUCUACAGCUCUGUAGAUGAACUUCCCUCCUUGGACUCGGAAUUCUAUAAAAAUCUCACUUCAAUUAAGCGUUAUGAUGGUGAUAUCAGUGACUUGGGCUUAACACUGUCCUAUGAUGAAGAUGUGAUGGGUCAGCUUGUUUGCCAUGAACUUGUUCCUGGAGGGAAGACCAUUCCCGUUACCAAUGAAAAUAAGAUCAGCUACAUCCAUCUCAUGGCUCACUUUCGGAUGCACACACAAAUCAGGAGUCAAACAGCAGCACUCAUCAGUGGAUUCAGGUCGAUCAUUAAGCCUGAAUGGAUUCGUAUGUUUUCUGCACCAGAGUUACAGCGACUGAUCUCUGGUGACAACGCUGAGAUUGACCUCGAGGACUUAAAAAAACACACAGUGUACUACGGGGGCUUCCAUGGGAGUCAUCGGGUCAUUAUCUGGCUCUGGGAUAUCUUAGCCAAUGACUUCAGCCCUGAGGAGAGAGCUAUGUUUCUAAAGUUUGUUACCAGCUGUUCAAGGCCUCCCCUUCUGGGCUUUGCCUACCUCAAGCCUCCUUUCUCAAUCCGCUGUGUGGAAGUCUCUGAUGAUCAGGACACUGGUGACACACUGGGCAGUGUGCUACGGGGCUUCUUCACCAUCCGCAAGAAAGAGCCCGGUGGGCGUCUCCCAACCUCCUCUACGUGUUUCAACCUCCUCAAGCUUCCCAACUACAGCAAGAAGAGCAUCCUGCGGGAGAAGCUCCGCUACGCCAUCAGCAUGAACACUGGCUUUGAGCUGUCGUAGUUACCGUGGCCCUGGACUCUGCAAUGGAGGCUCUCAGAGCUGCUGACUGCUGCUGGAGGUGCAGGCCUCCAUGCGUGGAGGUUGCAUCAGCUCUGUGGGGACCUGGUGGCUCACUCUGGGGCUGAAGAAAUGCAGCUGGUAAUAGAGGUUUAUGAGGAAAAGCUUCUGGGCUAGAUGGGGCUGGUUUUGCUUGGGCACUCCUCCAGGAUGACAGAGGUGAUGAGCUUGACCCGAUAUACUUCACUUGUCCACCACGUAAAUCAUCUUUAAGAGCAAACCCCAAGGGAGCAUGAAAGGAACGUAAAAGUGCCAGUCAGACUAGUGGCCAUAAUACCCCCAGCAGGCUGCGCAGUCUGGGCAGCGGCUGCUGUGGAAGGGUUUCCUUUCCCAAACCCAGGAGAUAGUCUGGAUUUUUACUGGGUGGAAGCCAGUCUGUGGAAAGGUUCGCAAAGGCUGAGCCCACAGAGAGAUGAGCAUGAGGCUGCAAUAUUGAGGGUGCAGUGAAUGUGCACUCUGCUCAGGUCGGGUACUGCUCAGGGGCUUCCUGAUGCCUUCGUGCUGUAGAAGGCCCUUGCGUUUGUCUCAGAGAAUGAACCACUUGCCCAGACUCGAGAAGCAGCGGGUUAAAUGCAAGCAGAUGGACGCUGCCACUCUCCGGAAGGUGUCGGAGUGCUGUAGGUUAAGAGCUCAAGCAGCAGGCGUGGGGUCAGCGUGCUGAGCCAGCUGCACGUCUGCCAAGCUCUUGCCAGAGCUGCGCUUGGGACAAAAGGGGUUGUUUGAAUUUGCUCAGGAGCAGAAAAUACUUAAUUUGAUUUUACUUCCAGAGUACAAGAGCUGGCACACAGCUCGGGCAGCCCUUGUGCCCCAGCACAGUGCUCAUGUGGGGCAGGUGCCCCCUACCCUCUCUGGAAGGGGAACGCGUCAAGCUGCUGAGAGCCUCUGGAAACCUCCACUGGCAAAGUUCCUCUUGCUGGAGUAGAAGUUUCAUUUCAAGUCUACAGUCUCUUUCCGUAGGGAGAUGGGCUGUUUGGAGCCCAGACUUGGCCUCUGUGUGACAGCCACGUUUGCUUUGUUGCCAAACUAUUUAUUUCGAUUGCUUUGUCUCUCUUUAGCCUUAUUUUAACAGUUGCUGUUUGCCUGUAGCAGGCAGGUUUUUCAGGUGGUUCUGAAAGUGAGAGUGUGUGUGUGCACGUGCGUGCGUGUGUGUGUGUGUGUUUGUAUAUAUGUCAGGAAGGUGAGGACCCUUCCUACUCAUUUUAUAAUGAGGUGCAGAGCCUAAUUUGCAGAGUCUGCAGCUUGGUCUGCAGCUUCCCAGCCUUGAUCCCUCAUGCUGCUGCCAGUCCUGCCUCAGCCCAGGCCGAGAGGAGAGACUGCCGUUUCCUCGGCUGCUCUGUACCUGGUGAGUUUCUGGCGUGAAGAAAGCCAUGUACGUUCUCCUGUCCUGGGACAGGAGGAAAAGCCGGACACCUUCUCCCCUUCACCUGUUGCUGCUCACUACUAAAACAAGCUCACGCAGAGGCUGCUAAUACCUCCCUCUGCCCUCCGUUCCCCUCCUUCCCCUUGCGUGGUGCUGGCGGCUCGCCCCGCUCUGGCCCUCUGCGCCGCGGGGGCAGCCCCGCUCGGGGCCGCGCUGCCCGGCACCCCGGGGGCAGCCCCCCAGGGCCGGGCUGCCGUACCCUACCUCAUCCUCUGCCUUGCCUUGGCCAAUCGAACGGGCUUUGCAGCCUCAGGCGUGCGCUGCGUAGCACAGGUCUCGACACCGAGAUGUCCCCUGGCUCUCUGAAAGGCCCUUUUAACCAUUAUUUGUUGCGUAUUUCAAACAUUGGAAAAUAUUUGGCACCAUUCAGCCACGAGUACAGAAAUGCCCUUUGUUUCAUCUUUCUCCAUUCUGUCUUGCUUUAAAUGAUUUUCACAAAAAAACCUUUCUUUUAGAAGCAAUUCUUGGAAAUGCAUCUAGAAAACGAUGUUGCUGGGGACCUUUUAUCUGUGAGAACUGUUAAAUGGGAGUGAUUGGAAGUGUUAGUGAGGACAGGAAUAUCUGCACUCAGAAUUCAAGCUACUGAAAGGUGUGAGUCUAGAGAAAUUAAAGAUGUUAGUAAAAUUUUUUUUUUAACCUAGAGAGGAUUUCAGAUUAACCAGUUGUUGAUUGUGUAGUUGAAAGGCUUAUGCACUGACUUGUACCAAUCAUAGUUUAAAUUAUUACACGGAUUCCCUUUUUCCUUCUAGGAAAGUGCAGUGUCUAAAUAGAGCACAAUGGUUGUUCAAUGAAACAAUUUGUUCAACAUAGUGAAAUAAAAUCUUUGCUCUCUUU